AUGGCAGAUCCUGAAGUAUACGCCGUUGGUUGGAUUUGCGCCAUAAGUACAGAAUAUGUUGCUGCGCAGGCUUUCCUAGAUGAGAGACACGGAUCCCCGAGUAGCGUCUCUAGACAUGACAACAACGAUUAUACGCUGGGGAGAAUCGGACCGCACAACGUUGUCAUAGCCGUUCUUCCCGACGGAGAAUACGGGAUAGCUUCUGCGGCAAGCGUGGCGAGAGACAUGCUCCAUAGCUUUCCAAAUGUCAGGAUUGGGUUAAUGGUCGGCAUUGGCGGCGGCGCGCCCAGCCCAAGCCAUGAUAUUCGUCUCGGCGAUAUUGUUGUGAGCGCUCCUCGUGAUGGAAUGGGCGGCGUCUUUCAAUACGAUUUUGGUAAAACAAUUCAAAAUCAGAGUUUCCAGACCACUGGAUUCUUGAAUCAACCGCCGACAGUCCUGAGAACAGCAAUGGCAGGGCUCAGAGCUCAGCACGAAGGGGAAGGGCAUGAUAUCGAGGCCACUAUUUCUGGGAUUCUCAAUUCAAAACCACGACUCCGGAAGAAGUACACUCGGCCAGAUCCGAGCAGCGAUAAGCUCUAUAAAAGUGACGUGGUUCACAUUGAAAAUGAUGGCGCUGGCUGUCAGACUACAUGCGGCGACGACGCAAAGAAAUUGGUGUCACGCUCAGUGCGAACAGAGGAGGAAGAUAACCCGGCUAUCCACUAUGGGCUUAUCGCUUCUGCAAAUCAAUUGAUGAAAGACGCCAUCAUGCGUGAUAAACUCGCCACUGAGAAGGGCGUUUUGUGUUUUGAGAUGGAAGCAGCUGGACUUAUGAACCAGUUUCCGUGUUUAGUCAUUCGAGGCAUCUGUGACUAUUCUGAUUCGCAUAAGAAUAAGGACUGGCAAGGGUACGCGGCAAUGACGGCAGCUGCUUAUGCGAAAGAUUUACUACGCCGUAUACCAUCGAACAAAGUUGAGGCUGAGCAAAAAAUUACAGACACCCUAUCCCACGGUCAGUCACCCGUCGGUUGUGUGGACUAG